CCGCCGAAGCCCCCUGCGGCGCCGCUCAGCAACGCGGACUUCAUCGUGGAGCACAUCUUGAAGAAGUGCGCUUCGGAGGAGUCUUCGAAGAAAUUCUUCGAUUGGCUGCGGUCUGAUCAAGGCAAACGCAUCAAAGGACGAGUCCUCACAGCGGCGGACGUGGACGAGGCGCUCGUGAAAUGCCGCCAGGUCUGGGCGGAGCGGGGUAAGGCCGACUCCAGCUCGAGCAACUCGAGCAGCUCUGACUCGGAGGACGAGCGCAAGCCGACGCCCAAGAGGCAGAGGCCCGCGGCGGAGCCCGGGGCGGACGGGCAGAGGCCCGGCGUGCCCGAGGCCGUGCCCCAGGAGGCCGCCACAGACGGCGCCGAGGCCGCCAGGGACGACGGUGCCAGCAACGUCGACUUCCUUGUGGAGGAG